AUGAGCGAACGAGGCGACGUCACGGCGCAAACUGCCGAAAGAGCAGACACGGGUACGCCGCCUGUUGAUGAUGGUGCCGCGGAUGCGCAGGCUGGCCAAAACAGCAAAAAGCGCAAGAACGGCAAGGAGCCCGAGGCCAACAAGAAGCCCAAAGUGAUUGAGAACAAGGCCAUUUGGAUCUCCAAUCUACCACCAGACACGACUGCCAAAGAGAUUGAGGAUGAGUUCUCACGAUUUGGCAUCAUUGACAAGGGCGCCGAUGGCCAGCCACGCAUCAAAAUGUACAUGGAUGAGGAGACGGGCAAGUUCACGGGCAAUGCCAUGGUUGUCUAUUUCCGCAAAGAAGCCAUCACCAAUGCCGUUAACAUGAUGGAUGACUACGUCCUCCGCCCAGGCGACUACUCCAACGGCACCAUCCGCGUCGAGCCCGCCAAGAUUGAACACAAGAAGGAAAGGGACGGCGACAAGAUUGCCUCGAAGCUCACACGUAAGGACAGAAAGGCAUCGGAGCGCAACAGGGCAGAACUGAAUCGCAAACUCAACGAAUGGUCCGACAACGAAGAAGAAGUCGCCGAAGCGUUUGCACCCAAGAAGAACAAGUGGGCCAAGGUGGUCAUCAUCAAGCACGCCUUCACGCCCGCCGAGCUAGACGAAGAGCCAGAAGCGUACCUCGAGAUCAAGGAGGAGAUGCGCGAGGCGGCCGAGGAGUACGGCGAAGUCACAAACUGCACGCUGUACGACAAGGAGCCCGAGGGCAUUGUGACUGUGCGGUUCCGCGAGUUUGAGCCGGCGGAAAAGUUCAUGGCGGAUUACCAGGGCAGAGGGUACCAGAGGAGGAAGCUGGCGCUGUCGCUUGCGGAAGAUAAGCCGCGCUUCAAGAAGUCUACUCGGGGCGACGAGCCGGACAGCGACGAGGGCGAGGCGGACUAUGUGGCGUCAACGGCUGGCGGGUAA